AUGGCUGCUUCAUACGACUUCGUUAUUAUUGGCGGCGGUACGGCUGGGCUGGUGGUUGCUUCUCGGCUUAGCGAGGACCCUAGCACCUCCGUGCUGGUUCUCGAAGCAGGCGCCGACUUGACAGCAGAUACUCGCGUGAACAUCCCCAUCUUUUACGCCGCACUACUUGGAUCCGAGGCUGACUGGAAAUUCCAUUCCGCCCCUCAGCUGGGUCUCAAUGGCAGAGUGCUUGGUCCCAACCAGGGCAAAGCACUUGGAGGAUCUAGUGCUCUAAAUGCACACGUCUUUGUUCCUCCUUUCAAGGGGGUUGUUGACUCAUGGGAGGCGCUUGGUAACCCCGGAUGGAAUUGGACCACCCUAAAGGGAUAUUUCUCCAAGGCCUACAGCAGUCCGGCUGUGGCCCAGGAUGCCAAAGAAGCUCUGGCAACCGAGGGCUGGCCAGAAUUGAGCGAAGCUAAAGGUCCAAUCCAAACAUCCUUUGGCAACGUGACGCACCCUAUUCGCAAGGCAUGGGCCGAAUUAUUUCGCAGCGGUGGGCAAUGCAACGCCGGGGAUCCAUUCAUCCACAGUUCUGUAGGCUCCUUCAGUUGUCUUGCUAGUAUCGACUCGGAGGGCAAGAGAAGCUACUCUGCCUCAGCCUACUAUAAGCCCGCUGAGCUUCGACCAAAUCUUCACGUUCUGACUAACUCUCACGUCGAGAAGAUCCUGUUUGACAAAGGAAAGCGUCCCAAAGCUAUUGGGGUCCAAUACAGUCUCGAAGGUGCUUCAAAAGCUGUUAGCGCAAGAAACGAAGUUAUCCUUGCCGCUGGUGCUUUUCAAUCUCCCAAAAUACUCGAGCUCUCUGGAGUUGGUGGAGCAGAGCUUCUUCAGGAGCAUGGCAUCAACGUAGUCAUGGACCUCCCCGGAGUUGGGCAGAAUCUUCAGGAUCACCUGAUAUCGUAUACGGCAUUUCAGGCAAAGGAUGACAUUGAGACUAAAGACUCUCUGGUCAGACAAGAGACUGAAGCCCUCGGUCAGGCAAUGAAAGAAUAUACAGCAACGCAGACUGGGCCCCUAGCUUCGCUCGGGGUUCACACCUACGCAUAUUUGCCUCUUCCCGCACAAGAUAGAACUGCUCUCCAGACAUUACUUACGAACUAUGCACCCGAAGAUACACAAGAGCAUGGUGCGACACGAGCCUAUUAUGAUAUCGCGAAGACCAUCAUCCUUGACCCCGAGCAACCAUCAGCUGCAUACCUGUCUGCCUUAGGGCAAACGAAUUAUGUCAAAGACCUCAAGGACGAGAAUAUCCCAGCUGCUUCGCUUGGAAAAUUCGUCACGCUUGGAGUAAUGCUCUCUCAGCCGCUUUCACGCGGAAGCGUUCAUAUUACCUCCGUCAUUCCAGGAGACUCUCCAAUCAUUGAUCCUAGUUACCUAUCCAAUCCUCUUGAUGUGGAAGUCAUAGCACGGCAUUUGCUCGGCGUCAAGAACCUAGCACAGUCACCCUACCUUGGGAAGCUGCUCGAACAGCCACUGAAGUUCCGUGACCCAGUUGCAGACUUCCAGGGAGACUUAGAUGCCGCAAAAAAGUAUGCCCGGGAUAAUCUUAUCUCUAUGUGGCAUUAUACGGGGACCUGUUCCAUGCUGCCCCGCGAGAGCGACGGGGUGGUGGAUUCCAACUUGAGGGUUUAUGGUAUCGAAGGAUUGAGGAUUGUCGAUGCGAGUGCUAUCCCGCUUAUAAGCACUGCGAAUCUGCAAGCCACUGUGUACGCAUUUGCGGAAAGGGCAGCGGACCUCAUCAAGCGAGACUGGAAGAGUGAGUAA